AUGCCGAACCCUGCGCUUCCCGCUCAGGAGACCCCGUCCUCCAAUCAGCACUACGGUGAUCCCGACAGAGAUAGUGCUGAGUAUUCCUCUGCUGCCGACUCCGAUAACGAUCAUCUCGGAAAUGGAUCUGGGGCUAGAGCUCUGAAACGGAAACGUCCUCUAACUGUCUCGUGCGUUCCUGACCCGCCUCGGCCGGAUGGCCCUCUGUAUUCCCAGUCUGAUAUGACUAACCCUACGAAGAUGCGAGCUUUGCAAGCAACGAAAAGUCAAAUGCGAGAACGAAAGAAGCCUGGCCUGCGGGCUGGAUAUGGAAAAGAGUUGGAGCAAAGACUGGAUCGGUUGGAGAAUAUCAUCCAAUCGCAAGCUCGGCUCAUUGAGAUGCAUAUCCUGCAAAAUCAGAACCCAAUGGGCCAUGAGCUACCCCACACCGGUCCACUUUCAUACAGUUCUCCAUCGGAGCCAUCAGCGGCUCAUGUGCCCAGUCCGCGUACCGCUUUAUACUUCAAUGAUCCUGGAUCUGCAGUGACAUUGCCUUCCCGACGCGCAGAUAUGUCUAUCACCAGUCCGUCUGAUUCAUCGGUCAGGAAUGCAGCGCAGAGUCACAUGAACAAUGGCAUCCAUGCAGCACCAGUUAGUGCACUAUUACAAAGCUCUAAUCCGCAGCAAGAUUACACGGGGAAUGAAUCGUCCCUGAAGGUUCCAGUCAAUAUAUUCUCAAAUCAGGAACAAUCUUUUGCUGAUCCAGAUCUUGAUCUGCCGCCGUAUGACUUGCUGUAUGCUUUGGUGGAUCUUUACUUUGAGCACAUCAAUUCAUGGUGUCCCAUUCUUCACCGACGGACGACAUUGGAUACUUUCUUUGGACCAUCACCACUAGAUGAGGCAGACCGCAUGGUUCUCUAUGCCAUAGUGGCCACGACACUGCGGUUCUCUUCAGAUGCCAGACUCAAUGAUCAGAAUCGGAAGCGCUACCACGACUCAUCCAAGCAAAAGGUCCUUCUAUAUGGCCUAGAGAACUCAUCUGUCAGAGCCCUUCAAGCUCUUGUUAUCUUGGCCCUCGAUCUGGUUGGAUCUUCCAACGGUCCACCUGGGUGGAAGCUGCUCGCCUUGAUUACCCGAUCUGUGGUCCAAUUGGGAUUGGCCGUGGAAUCAAAAUCUUCUCUCGUCAACCCUGUGUACCCUUCUAUUUAUACCCUCAGAGCUGUCACUUUGUCAGAGCCAGAUUCGUGGAUCGAAGACGAGAGCAGACGUCGAUUGUUCUGGAUGGUCUAUCUGUUAGACCGAUAUUCAACCCUAGCAACAGCAUUCAACUUUGCUCUCGAUGACAAAGACAUUGAUCGGAAGCUCCCUUGUAAAGAUGAUUUCUUUAUGAAGAAUCAGCCUGUUGAGACGCGGUGGUUUCAUUACAACAGUGACAGAGCAGACUAUCUUAGCCAUGCUGAAAAUGUUGGGUCUUUCGGCCUUUAUAUGGAGAUUUUGGGAAUUCUGUCACGGAUUCAUCUGUUUUUGAAACGUCCCGUUGAUAUUGGAGCUCUAUCAGAUGUUGAAGAAUGGCAGGCAACCUAUCGCAAGCUUGACAGCGAGCUUACUUCAUGGGAAUUCAACCUUCCGGCAGAAUAUACCUAUGAGAAUUUAUCUCGACUUCUCAGCGGACCCAAGAAUGGGCGCGCUCUACACAGUGACUGGGUGCAACUGCAUGCCACAUAUCAAACUGCUGUAAUUCGUCUGCACUCAUCAGCAGCUUACCCAACAACCCGCUCUCCAAUUUUCACACCCUCCUAUAGUGCGAGCCAACGCUGCCUUUUAGCGGUCGAAAAUAUACUCUCGGUGACACGCUUUGUCGUGGAGCAUAAUAUGCUAGAUAAGAUGGGCCCACCUUUCGCCUUCACCCUUUGGGUCUCAGCCCGUCUGCUCCUGGUACACGGCUCAACAAUCGCUCAUACGGUCAGCGCAGAUAUCCUUUUCUUCGUUGACACCCUUUUCCAGCUGGGUAAAUACUGGAAAGUCGCAGAGCGCUACAGCAACAUCCUCCAGCGCGUGCUGGAUGAAUACAACGAAUACCAACAGUCGAUCGUCCUGGACGGCGAACGCUCAACACCAUCAACCGUCAAGAUUUUAGCAGACAUGCGUCGCUGUGCUUUCGAUCUAGACUUCCUGAUCUCACGCCAACCGCGCGAAUCACCUGCCGAAAGUGGAAGCCAACCUCGGUCUCAUCAACCGCCUAUGCAGCCACGCAAUCUCGCACCCAAUGAACUUGAAUACCUUGAUGUAUUUGGCUUCUUCAAUGUUCCUCGGGUUCCACCUGCUCGUGUGCCUGAUUCUGGGGUGCAGGCUUCGGCCUUGGAUAUCUCGGAUCACGUCUCGAAUCCGAUGUCCAUUCACGGUUUAACGGAUGUCAGUUCAGCACAGCCGAAUGGGUCUGUUGUUGAUGGGAAUGGCAAUAUGAAUGAAUUCAAUAUCACAAAUUAUCUUAUUCCGACACCUGAGACGGAUUGGCUGUUCCGUCCUUCUUGA